AUGGGAGCACGAUAUAUCUCUGUGGAGGAGAUAUCCAGACACAAUACCGUAGAUGAUUUAUGGAUUGUCGUUGACAACACAAUCUACGACGUCACAGCUUUUGCACCUGAUCAUCCUGGAGGUGUGAACAUCCUAUUGAGAUAUGCAGGUCGGGAUGCAACUGCGGCGUACUCGGAAGUCCACGCAUCCUCCUUGAUCAGAACAACUCUACCCACAGCCAGCCAUAUUGGUAUCGUGGAAAAGAGCACCAUUCCAGAUGAAUGGACAAACCCGCCGACCAUCCCUCAACCGCAAAAUCAGGUCGACACAACCAAACCGCCUUUGGAAAGCCUCAUCUGCGCUUAUGAUUUCGAGCUGGCGGCAGAGCGAAGCUUCACACCAAAGGCAUGGGCUUUUGCGUCAUCGGCAGCCACAGACUGCUACACUAGGGACAGAAAUCGGUCGGCAUACAAAGAUAUUUCACUGCGCCCACGGAUUCUAAGGAACGUAAAGACCGUGAAUAGGAGCACGACGAUGCUUGGCCAAAGUAUGCGAAGUCCUGUCUUCUGCUCUGCGACGUCGAUGGGCAAGAUGUUCCAUCCUGAAGGAGAGAGAGAAAUUGCAAGAGCCUGUCAAAAGUUAGGGCUUCCCCAGAUGGUAUCGACAAGCUCUUCGUAUCCAUUCGCAGAUGUAAUGGAUGCGCACAAUGAGCAUGUACCUGGACAAACUGAGACUACGCCAGUCUUUUUCCAGCUUUACAUGGAUAAGAACAGAGAGAAAUCUGAGAAACUACUCGCGCACGUGAGAGAACUGGGCGCAAAGGCAAUCUUUCUUACGGUCGAUGCCCCGGUCACGGGUAAACGCGAGGCUGAUGAAAGGGUAAAGGUUGACGAGAGCAUCAGCUCCCCUAUGACUGGCGUCCAGGCAAAGAAUGAUAAAAAGGGAGGCGCUCUCGGGCGCAUCAUGGGGAGCUUCAUUGACCCUACUACGGUUUGGGAGGAUAUCGCAUGGAUUCGGGAGUGUGCUGCUGGGCUUCCAGUGGUACUGAAAGGAGUGCAGACUGCUUCCGAUGCGGUCAAAGCUAUGGAAGCUGGUGUCGACGGCAUUCUGUUAUCCAACCACGGUGGAAGAAGCCUUGACACAGCACCUGCAACGAUACUGGUGCUUCUAGAACUGCAGAAAUGUUGUCCUGAGAUUUUUGACAAAUUGGAAGUUUAUGUAGAUGGGGGCAUCUCUAGGGGAACUGAUAUCUUCAAAGCUUUGUGCCUUGGAGCUAGGGCUGUGGGAAUCGGCCGAGGGUUUCUCUACAGCUUGAAUUACGGCAAGGAGGGUAUAGAACACUUUGUUGACAUCCUGAACGACGAGCUUGAGACAACGAUGCGCAUGUGCGGCGUUACAGCUCUUGACCAGGUCCAUCCUGGGCUCUUGAACACUGGCGCAGUUGAUCACCUGAUUCCCUCUGGAGAGGAGCAUCCCUACGCUCGUUGGAGACCUACAAUGAAGAGCAGGCUAUGA